AUGGAUCACGGGCUUGUCCCUAAAAUUUUACGAGUACCCGGGAAUGCGAUUGUGACCAUGGUAUCGGUGGAACCAAAUGACAUGUUUCCACAUUCCGGGAUUUCAGGGAAGAUUAUUAAAUAUGAUCUUAAUCGGAUUUCAUUUUUCGAUUGUAAAGACCAAAUCGAUCUAUCAUCUGGAGAAACAUAUUAUUUCGUUUCUCAGAACUACCCACUCUCGCCCACCUCCGAAAUUUCACAAUGCGUCAUAAAAUUUUUAACAUCUGGAAACCGUCAAGGCGUCCGUUUUGCAGUUUAUGACUUCUAUCUCAACCAACUCCAACAUGACUCGUUUUUCAUUUUGGGGAAGAACGGGCAUAAUAUUUCUAUUGAGGGUUUUGCCACCGAAGAUGAGCCUGUUGCGUAUUAUUUUGAAAACGAAGCCGAUGUGACGUUUUCUAUAUCUCAUCAAGAUCACUCAUUUACACAGAAACGAUUUUACAUACUGGUCAAUUCCUAUGAACUUUUACCAAAUAAUCAAUGCGACAAUACAGGAAAAAUAGAUAUUGCUCUGGGACAAACCAUAACAUUUGGGACACGACAAUUCGGGUCGAAUGCAUAUGAAAAUAAUCUUAAUUGCGGGUUUGAUUACACACGAACUGCAACCAGUAAUAGUCUUUUUGCACUGGCAAUUGAAUAUGAAACUGAAAAAUGUUGUGACACAAUGUCUAUAGACGGUUUGACGGACGAUCAGCAAAUCUACCAAGGCUUUCAAUAUUCCAGUUUGUAUUUUACUAAAAGUGAACAAUUGAGUUUUCUAUUUUCAUCUGAUCCCCUGGUUGGUGGCACCGGAUUUAAAGCUUCUUUAGAACAUAUCGAUUGCACAUGCUCUGCUGGUUUGGUAUUAGUGAAAAACAAUGUUUUAACCUCUCCUGGAUACUCAAACUCGAUUUCAUAUUGCCCAGAUUUAUUUUGCACCCCAAAAAUAGACUUUCAAGAUGAUUUAUACGAUUUGCAAAUGGUGUUCACAGAUGUGAAUUUAAGAAGUUACAGUUUAAACAACGAUACAGAUUCCUUGACAGUAUUCGAUGCUUACGAUCAUACUGUUGUGCAAAUGGCACCAUCAUAUUUUGGGUUUAUGACUUUUUGGGCUACAGUAUCUCCUGUGAGAGUCCAGUUUGUUUCAAAAGUUUUAACCGCAUUUCCACUGAAUAUGAUUGGGAGAGGGUACUCUAUGAACUUGAAUCUGGUUAAAAAACACAUCGUUUCCGAGAAGAUCACGUUCACUGAUACUAACUUCUUCAAAGAUAUCUCAAAAUUAGAUUUGAGUAGCAAUGAUACGUUUGAAUUUGUGGUUACUGGUAGGGCUGAAACACAGAUUUUUGUCUACUUUUUCACAAAGACCACAAAUCAGGUGUUCAUUGACAUAUUCGAUGGCGACUCGAUGGACGCGGCACGUAUUGAUAACAAAGCCUUGUACUCUAAUGUUUUGGAAAACGGACCGUCGAUGACGUUGAGCACCAGUUCCAAUAAAGCGGUUAUUCAUAUCCGUGGAAACCCAGCAUUUGUUGGGACAAACACAGAUUUCCAGGCGAUGAUCACAGAUUUGAAACCGGAAGAAAGUUGUGGACCAUUAGUUUAUAGUAUGAGGAAUGCCAAGGAACAAUACAAACAUAUUCCAUUACAAGGAACAAACUGCUAUAAAAUUCUUCACUUUGCCGACAGCUCCUACACUCCAAGUGCUUUCAUGUCCGUCAAAUUUUCGGAUAAUCUACCUCUGAAUCUAUUUUAUGGUCUUACAACAUCUACGGACUAUCUUUUGGCAAAGUACUCCCAUGAUCCACGUCCUGAAGACCUGUUCACAAAUUAUAUGGUUUUGCAAUACUCAAGCUCCAUAGCGGCAACAGUAGAGUUCUUUUGGGACACUUCUAGUAUUUGCGGCCUGAUUGCUCGAACAAUGCAACCAUCUCAGACAGUAAUGCUUGUUUCUGAUGAUUACGGAAAAUCCAACACGUCACAAACGAUCCAACAGUUCUCAGUGCAGUUGGUAACAUUUUCAUCAAAAAUUCUCCCAACCUUCCAUUUUCAAAAGUUUUCAAUUUUAUCAGGAAGGAGAAUCAAAUGUUCAAACUGGGCUGACGUGUGA